CUCUCUCUCUCUCUCAGCUGUCCUCUUCUGGUUUGACUACUGCUGCUGGUUUUUGGAUUUGUACCUGUGAAAGAGAUAUAUUUAACAAAUAUUUGGGAAACGGAACACUUCUUUUAAAAUAGUAUGACACUCACUUUACCUUCCCUCCUCAUCCUGUUAUCCUACCCAGCCUAGGCUCGAGCAGGUCGACAAGGAGACUGGUAGGCGUCCAUAAACCCUGAGCACGCGUCUAGAAGCGCUUUAAGUGGUGCAUGGUUGUCAAUCCUACUAAGCUGAGAAACCAAUACUGUCAUUGUUAUUGUUUUUCUUUCGCCCCGAAGGGAAUUUUAAUAACAAUCACAGUCCUGGUACUUUGAAAUCCUUUUCAAAACCCCUGUCUAGAACCAUCCUUCUAAAAUUAAAUUCUUCUUCAUAAAUCUAAAAUUUACAAAACUCAUUCUGCAAACAGUGUUAAAGACAAAACUUCAUUUUAUAGGGAAACUGGAAGCACCCCAUUAUUAUUCUGCUCUUUGCUAAAUGCUAUUCUGUUUGUUUCGUGCUCUUCUUUUCUUCUGCUGUUCUCUAGCUGUGCUAUCUGUGUGUGCUUACUGAUUCUUUUCACAGAGACUCCGAGUUAGAAGCACAUCCAUGAGAGGACCACAGUCGAGAACCAGUCUUACCUGCACAUUUACACACUCAUUACUCAUUCCCAUUAACUCACAGUUGACAUUGCACACUUACACCUUUGAUUUGCCCUGCUUGCUUGUUUUGUUUUGUUUUGUUUUGUUUUGUUGUGUUUUGUUCUUUUCUUCAGGUCUGUGUCAGUUUCGGGUUUAGACCUCCCUCGCGGUGCCAAACAUGUCUCGCACAACAGACCCUGCUGGACACUGGAAGGAUCUGGAGACCUGGCUAAGUGUUGUAACAGACAGCCUCCUACCUAAGGCCGCUGAAACACUAAAGCAUCAGACACAGGACCAGCUGGAUGACAACAUAACAAGCCUCAUGAAACAAGACCCAAGUCAGAGCUACAGCCACAAAGAACUAGCCAAGAUCACCGGCUCCUUAAGCCACACACUCAUCGCCACCCUCAAACUGAGCGACAGGCAAGCCGCCCAUCGCCAGCAGGAGCUGACACAACGACGCAUCGAACAGCUGGAGCUGGAGGCUCAGGAACGACGAGAAGGGCCUGAUGAAGUGGAACAAGGCGCCAAAGAGGAGAUCAACAGGCUAAAAGAGACCCUAGCAGCUACUACGCAAGAAAUGGAACGAGGCAGAGCAGACUACGCUGACCUCUCCGACAAGCUACAGUACGCAGAACAGCUACUGGAAAAAGCAAAGGCUGACUUCAGAGACAAGAACAGCCGAAUUAAAGCUCUCGAAACUCACCUGAAUGAGUCAAGAAAUGAGGUCAGCCGCCUAAAACAACAGCUUGACUACAUCAAAGAAGAGUCUGACAGUAUUAAAGAGGAACUCAAGCAUGCAUAUGAAUUGCGCUGUGAGCCGUCAAGAACACGUCGGACACCGACUUCACCUUUGCCAAGCAGGACCGGCUCCCCUGUUCCUGGACUGGCACAUGAUCAGAAGGGGGCAGUGCCAAAACAGUCACCUGUUCCCUCCGAAGAAUCCUACCUCCCCACUAAGCUAAAAGAACGUGCUCCAGCCAGCCACAGAUCAUCUCAUGGCUUGGACCUCAGAGACCUUGACAAGCUUGCUAGAAACAUUGGCAAAUUCACUCCAAAUGUGCCAGGUAGUCCAAAUGUUCAGAGUUAUCUGCAAGAUAUUGACUUCCAUCUGGAAAUGAGACCCAAUGUCACUGACAAAGAUAGACUUUAUUUGCUCAGAGCCACAUCCAGCUCUGAAGUGCGCAGCUUCCUGGACCGGCAGCCUGCCCACACAAAGACUGAUUACCACCUGCUCCGAGAAGCUCUCAUCAGAGAGUUUGCCGACCCUGAGUCAGAACGAGGACUAGUGGCUGCCCUGGAAACAAAACAAGGUCGUCACGAAACUCCUCAAGUCUUCUAUAGUCGACUAAGGCUAGCAUACUUCGGGUCUCGCAACAAACAGAGCAUGGAGGAGGAAUUGAACUUCAAAACUCUCUUCUUGAGAAACCUCCAUCCUGGGGUGAGCCACCAUCUCGGCGUCCUUGCCUGUCCACGCACAAUGAGUGCUCAACAGUUAAGAGACUUGGCGCACAAAGCCUACUGUAAACAGAAGAUGGCCUUAGAAAAGGGCACCAAAACCACCACAGUUCUUGACUUCAACACACAGAGUCAAGGGCUGGCCCUAGAGGGCACCCAGCGUCAAGACCUUGCCAAGCCGACACCCAAAGAGUGGAAUGCAUCUCGUCCAACAGAGAGUGGGACUCCCACAUUGGUACUCGACCUAAACAGAGAGACAACCGCUGGGAUGGACCACGUGGACAACAACGCUCACCUGGACGUCACUGGGAAAAUUCAUGGAACCAAUCAAGACCUCAGGAGAGUCAUUGGGAGAAAACCUGGAAUCAGCCAAGCUUGUUUGGAAACCCCAGAGGAAAAAGCUCAUGGGAAUCCAAGGGAAAACGACAAACAUACCCUGGAGCAACCAACCCAAGGAAUCGACGAAAAAACUCACAAAGAUUCCAAGCUGACAGAGCUCAAAAUGAAUCCAUACCAGAACAAAAGACUUCAUCUUGUUUUGACUCUCAAGAGCUGA